AAACUAACUGCUUUUAACUAUGGGAAUCCUCGAGUUACUCUUCGGCCUUUGGCUAGCGACGACUGUCAUGGCAUUCGCCUGCGACGCCGAAAAGAUUGCGAAGUAUGAUUUCCAGUCCAUCAAGGGUGUGUACUCGGCGGUCCAGUCCAAGAAAACACCUCCUAGUGUCUCAGAGACUACCUGGUCUUUAGGAAUCUGUGAUCGCAUUAGUGACAUUCCUGAGUGCAAAGAUUCAGAGUUGUGUGGAACUACACGUGUCACUUUGGAUGGAGAAACUUUUGUCACCCAAGUAAUCAAGGUCCAUGAUGUUGCUGCUCAGUUUUUGCCUAUCUUGAAAUCCAAAUCCCAAAGCGGCAUUGCAGACAAAGAUAACGGUGGAGUUCGAGCAGAAUACAACAACAUCAAAUGGGGCGACCAGAGGGUAAAGGUAAGUGCCUCGUUUAUGUGUCCCGGCAUUGAUUACGUGGGAGACUUAGAUAGUUUGAGCUUAUCUCUGUUUUCUAAUACCGAGGUGAAGUUAGAGAUGUACACUAAAGCAGCCUGUGCCAACAAGCAGCCACACAAGCACAAGGCCGAUGAUGGCGAGAGCUGGGGUUGGUUCACGUGGAUAUUCAUCUUUUUCGUGUUGUUUUUAAGUAUCUACAUCAUUGGCGGGGCAUGGUUCCAGUACAAUAAGGGCAAUUCAAUUGAUUUCCAAACUGCUUUGAAAGAAGUGGUGGAGAACUUUGUGGAUGUCAUCAAGGGGUUACCGAUAUUCGUCAAGGAGAUAAUCGAAAAGUUCACCGGGAACGCUAAUAGAGGUGAAUAUAGUGCUGUAUAGGAAUUGAACAAAACCAAUUUAGUCU